AUGAAAGCACAGCGCGAGCUUCUGCCUGCAGGCCUUGCGGCAGCCAGCAGCGCUUCUUCGGAGCGGGAGUCGACCCCGCAAUCCACAGCCGGCGGCAGUGGUGGCAAUGGUGGUGCAUCUGCCCCAAGACGCCGUCCCCAGACCAAGAUCGCGUGCACCUCAUGCCGUCGGCGGAAAUCAAAGUGCGACGGUCAGCGCCCCGUCUGUUCAUUAUGUGCCGGCAUGGGUCGCACCAAGUGCGAGUAUGAUGCAGGCCCUGAUGUCACUCGCUUCGCCGCUCUCAAAUCAAAGCACGAGGAACUGCAAGGCCGCAUCGCUCUUUUUGAGGAGCUCUUUCGCCUCCUGUCGAUGCGCUCCGAGGCGGAAUCCAUUGAGAUCAUCCGCCGCAUGCGCACUGCUAAUAUGGAAACUGACCUAGACGACCUGGUCAAGUUUAUCAAGAACGCCGAUUUGUUGAUUCAACUGGCCUCUACUCCGUCCAAACAGACUACGCCAGCACCGCGAGCAGCAGACGCUGACUCCCACGGCCAAGUGCCCAUGGACGAACUGUCGUCUUUGCUUGAGACAUUAAAAUCGGCCUUUUCAGAGCUCGAUACACCCGCCCGGACUGCGUUCUUGGACACUAUUAGACUUCAAAUAGACGCCUUUACUUCUCGAUAUGGCGGUCGCUUAGAAUCAACUCCAACGGUAAAAGCGGAAGUAAUGACGGACAGGGAUAUGGCUGCAGAGCCGGACGGGAUGCCAGAGAGUAGGCCAGGAGAAUUUCUCAAGGGACUUUUAAAUGACGAUACGACGAGACGAUGA